CAGGAUAUCCAACUCCUUCUCGUUCUCCUUCACCUUUGUCCCAUCAUCUUCAUUCUUCAAACUCAAUCACAUCUGCACCUCUGAUCUUGAACCCUAAAAUCAUCCAUUCAUUAAAAAAGUGGGUCAAGAAGCCUUCUUUUCAUUCAAAUCGAUCAACUUAUCAAAAAAGAAAAAACUAAUCCAGUCACCAUCUUUCCCGAAACCUUCAACAGACCACCUAAGCUUCAUCUUUCACCUUUAAUAAUGACUACCACCCGAUUUCCAAAUUCAUCAUACCAACCACCGGUUCGGUUCUCGAUCGAACCUUAUUCAGCAUCUAAUCCCAAUACGUUUGCAUACCAAUCGACCAUCAAAAGAUGGCCUAUGAUCUUAACCAAUAUAAUUGAUAGAAUGGUGAAAAUCAAUAAUUCACUUUUAGAUGAAGGAGGUGAUCAUCAAAAUGAUAAAUUAAAACAUGGAAAGUUGAUCAUUAGUCAAAUUUCGGAACUUAAAUAUCAAUGUGCUAGAGAUAAAGAACUUGGACCGAUCAUCGAUGACGGUGGUCAAAAUUUAGUAUUGUAUAAUGAAGAACUUAAAAAAGCAAAGGCUGCAAAUAAAUCGACUUGGUUUACUGCUUCUUGGCUGUUUGCCGAAUGUUAUUUAUACCGACGAUUGAAUAGUUUUUUCAUGAGUUCUGAACAUUGGAAAACCUAUGACCCAUUCCAUGAACCGAAAACGUCAUGUCUUCAAGCAUCAUUUCCCGCCAUUCUUAAAUUAGCUACUACCCUUAAUCUUAGUAUUUCCAACCUUGACCCAAUCAAUGAAGAUCAAUUACGUACCAGUUUUCGAGGAUUUCUUCUGGCUUCAUUAUGGGGUAAUGCAACUG